AUGAACAAUAAUAUAUCGAAUAGUUUUUCCAAAGAAAAACCAGAAAAUUCUUCAAUGACAACAGUCAAUAUUCUCGGUCGUCUUCGUACAGCAACUGAACAAGUACGAACCGUACAAACAAAUUUAAGUAAAAAUGAUAUGUUAGAAUAUGCCGAAAUCUUGGACAAUGUUGGCAAAGAACUUGAUGGUAUUCUUUAUAAUCUUGUUGAUAUUCUUUCUGAUGAUACUCGAUCAAGUGAAAUAAAUAUAACAUCGAAUGAUGGACAAAUAAGUAAAUGGUUAGAACAAACAUUUUCAUCAAAACAACAACGUACAAUAACAGCAGCGGGACGUUUUGAAUCUAUAAAAGCUAUUAUUCAAGCAUCGUCAUUUGUCAAUGCUCUACAAAGACAAUUACGUAUGAAUACAAAAGAACAGUUAGCCGUAAUGCUUAAUUUACCAGUUAACGCAAAUCAAUUAAAUCUUUGGUCAUUCAAUAUGAUGGAACAUAGCGAUCCGUUGACAUUUACUAUUUUACUUACAUUUCAUGCCCAUGAUAUUAUAUCACGCUAUCGAAUUGAUAUUGAAACAUUGAAAAGUUUUGCUCAUGCACUUACCGAAGGUUAUACAAAAUUUCGAGCAGUCUAUCACAACGAUUAUCAUGGAGCAGAUGUUCUUCAAACAGCACAUUGUUUAUUAAUUAAGAGUAAUCUAUUAAAUGUUUUUACACAUACGGAAAUAACUGCAUUGUUAUUUGCUGCUGCUAUUCACGAUUUUGAACAUCCAGGUUUAAAUAAUAAUUAUCUUGUAAAAACAAAAAGCGACCUUGCAUUGAUUUAUAAUGAUUUUAGUGUUCUAGAAAAUCAUCAUUCAAGUGCAGUGUUUCAACUGUUACGCGAUAAACGUCUCAAUAUUUGGUCAAAUAUGAGUACCGAGGAAUAUCGAAUAUUUCGUUCACUUGUUAUAUCUCUUGUACUUGCAACUGAUAUGGCUAAUCAUGCAUCGCUUAUUGAACGUAUGUCAACAUAUUUCUUUUUUAAAGAAACAAAUAUAACAACAACUGCUACCGAUUCGAAAACUUUACUACAAACAUUAUUACAUGCUGCUGAUAUUUCAAAUGCAGCUAAACCAUGGCCGAUCUAUAUUCAAUCAACGGAGAAAGUAGUGGAAGAAUUUUUUAUACAAGGUGAUCUUGAAAAAGUUUAUUAUGAUGAUAAUCAGCCAACAUUUGAUCGUGAAAAAACUGAUGUUGUACAAUUACAAAUAGGAUUUAUUACACAUAUCGUCUGUCCUACUUUUGAUGUUUUAUCCAAAGUACUUCAAAUGGACUCUCUUGAUCAUAAUUCUAAACUUUCGCCAAUAACAGCAAUUCAUGCAUUUCCCUGGCAGCAUGAUUUACAAUUAAAUUUAGAAACAUGGCGACAAGUAGCAAAAGAUAACGAUAAUCAACGAAUUCUACUUAGUCAAAAGCCUUUGAAACUGAAUGCUGAGUAUUUACAGACAUACGUUGAAAAAGCGAAAGAGUACUUAAAAAGACGUUCACAGCAUGAAUCAUUACUUCGUUGUAUACCUUCUCUAUAA